GGGAGAGCGACCACAGGGGCUAGAGCCUGGAGAGUCACUUUCCGGCUACUCUCCAAGAGGGCAGAAGAGAAAGCUCCCCAGCCCCCUUCCCACUCGGCCAGCCCCUCCACCCGGGCCCAGGGGCCGCAGGCGCCGGACAGGCGCUCUCAGCCUCAGCUUGUGCAGAUGCAGGGCAGGGAUGGAGGGGCCAGGCCCUGGCAGCGGGUGGGCUCUGCUUGUUUGUUUCUGGCCCUUUCUUUCCUUCUGUCUCCGCCCCCGCCUCCCCCACCCCCUUCUCUGGGGUCCCUCCCUGUCCCUGCCCCGGCGCUGCUGGAACCCCGCCCUGACCACCGAGACGCCGACGAGGCAAGAGCGCCGCCGCCCCGCCCCUCGCCGUACGACUGGAGGGGCGACCAUAGAGAGGAGGCCGUGCGUGCCAGAGAGGCGUGUCACGCGCGACGUGCCCGCCCAUUGCGUCGCGACGUCAGGCGCGCCGGCCUCUCCGCUGGCCUUCCCAGCGUGCUUCGCGGCUCGUCGGUCUUUCCUGGUUGGGCCGGUGUUCGGGAGGGCGCCAGCAUGGGAGUCGACAUCCGCCACAACAAGGACCGGAAAGUCCGGCGCAAGGAACCCAAGAGUCAGGACAUCUACCUGCGGCUGUUGGUGAAGCUGUAUCGCUUCCUGGCCCGCAGAACCAACUCCACUUUCAACAAGGUCGUCCUGAAGAGGCUGUUUAUGAGCCGCACUAACCGGCCCCCCCUGUCCCUCUCCCGCAUGAUCCGCAAGAUGAAGCUGCCGGGCAGGGAAAACAAGACAGCCGUGGUGGUGGGGACCGUGACCGAUGAUGUCAGGAUCCAGGAUGUCCCCAAGCUGAAGGUGUGUGCCCUCCGUGUUACCAGCAAUGCUCGCAGCCGCAUCCUCAAGGCUGGUGGGAAGAUCCUCACCUUUGACCAGCUGGCCAUGAGCUCCCCCAAGGGCCGCGGCACGGUCCUGCUGUCUGGUCCCCGGAAGGGCCGCGAGGUGUACAGGCAUUUCGGGAAGGCUCCUGGCACUCCCCACAGCCACACCAAACCCUACGUCCGAUCCAAGGGCCGGAAGUUCGAGCGUGCCAGGGGUCGCCGUGCCAGCCGAGGCUACAAAAACUAGCUCCCUUAAUCCUUGUUAUAUUAAAGAUUUUUGGACCACA